AUGGUGUGGCACGGUUUGGGUAGAAUAGUUAGUCAAGCUAGCUUAGUUAGGUUAAACGUUUACGGACGAUGUUAUACUAGUGCUGGCCAAAAAACACCACCACUUCACCGUGCGGUAAUGGCCACGGAAACGGUGAAAUUCUUCGAACCACAGCGUGAGCAGGUGUUUAUUGAUAUGACGUUCGGGGCCGGAGGUCAUACGCAAGCCCUGCUUGAGGCAGCACCCGGUUCGACGAUCAUUGCCCUGGAUCGUGACCCACUCGCACACCGGUUGGCGUGCGAAAUGGCCGAAGAGUACCCGGGUCGUAUUGUACCGCUGUUGGGCAGAUUUUCCGAACUGCCUGCGCUUCUUCGCACGGUGGAAGGGUUUGACCGGCAGCGACACUACAACGGCAUACUGUUCGAUUUCGGCUGCUCAUCGAUGCAGUUUGACGAAGCGUCCCGAGGAUUCUCGAUAUCGCGCGACGGUCCGCUCGAUAUGCGCAUGGAUAAGGAUCGCUGCCCGGACCAGCUGUCGGCGGCCGAUAUACUCGCCCGCAUACAGGAACCGGAUCUCGUCCGCAUCCUGAAGGUGUACGGGGAAGAGAAGCAAGCGAAAAAGAUUGCACGUGCUAUCGUCAGCGCACGCUUCACGGUCAAGCGUAUCGAAACGACAGCCGAGCUGGCGAGCAUCGUUUCGCACUGUUUGAGUCAGGGUGAGACCGGUGGUGGGCCGUCGUUCGAUUUCCGGCAGGAUAAACUUCGCCGCCCAGCGCACGUGGCAACAAAAACGUUUCAAGCGCUGCGUAUCUUCGUAAACAAUGAGCUGAACGAGAUCAACUACGGCAUGGUGCUGGCGAAACAUUUGCUACGAACUGGCGGGAAGCUGGUUACGAUCGCGUUCCACUCGCUGGAGGAUACGAUCGUGAAGCGCCAUCUGACGGGGCACGUGGUGGAUGAUGUUGCGAGUAAGGUUCCGCUUCAGUACAUUAGUCACACGUUGUCCCACGAAACGGACACGAUGCAGGAGAUGAUGAAGCCGAACUGGAAGCAGAUCAACAAGCAUGUGUUGGUGCCGACGGACAGUGAGGUGGCGGAAAAUCCGAGAAGUCGCUCCGCGAAACUACGAGCCGCCGUACGGUUGAGUUGA